CAUAUAUAAAAAUUCUCUUACACAGCUAUUAGUUUACAUAAUUUAACACUUUUAAAAGUUGUGUUCAUAGAUUUUUGUUGAUAAUUCGUCCUCGAUCAACUUAAUGGCCAAUUUUCAGUCAACAUCAUAAUAGGGGUUAACACAUGCUCGAGCCAUAUAUAUUUACAUGUAAAAACACAAUAAAACACACAAACACACUUUUUUUUCAUUCUUUCAACUCACACAUUUUCUUUAUUACAUUCUUCUAACAUCUUAAACUCAAACUUCUCCUCCUCCUUCCUCUUCUCUGCAACUAAUUAACAUGACUGACAACACUUCGUUGUGUUAUUUCCAUCCCAAAGUAGUGGUUGUGGGAGUAUGUGCUUUGUGCUUAUAUGAAAGGCUUCUGGUCUUGGCUUCUAAGCAAGAAAAGAGCAAUAAGAAGAAGAGAGAUCAACACUACUACAGUUUCUUGAGUGCAGAAAAGAAGAAUGACGAUCAUCAUCAAUCAAGAAUUCAUUAUCUGCCAAAGAUGUUUGCUUUGAGCUCUCUUCUCAGUCGCCUUGACAUUAGACAUGACCGGAAAGUCGAAGAGAUUAUUCGUGAUCCUACUCAUGAUGAUGCUUCCACUUGCAGUUAUGAAGACUCUUUUAUAUCAAUAAAGUUUGAAAAUAAUGGAGUUGCCUCAUGGGAGAAGGGAGCUGCUGGCACAGUACCAAAGGUGUCACUUAAGCACUGUGACAAUAUGUCUAAUUGGAGUAGAAGCUCAAGCAAGGAGAGCAAAGGAGGAGCAGUAAUAGAGCAUGCAAAGCCACGUAUGCAGCUUAGGUGGCGAAAGCGGAUUGGACACAUUUUCCAGCUCAUCAGAUUGAAGAGAUCAUCCACCACCAAAUUAGAAGGAGUGAAGGUGAGACCUGGAUGGAUAAGAACUCUGACAAAGAGAAAGACCAAAGAAUGAUUCAUAAUUCAUAAGGUGGCAAAAACUAAAUCAAAGGGGCUUGUCCUUAAAAAAGUAAAGAAAAAGAGAGAGAAAAAAAGAGAGCUACAUUUCAUCCACUUACUCUCCUAUCUUUUUUUCCAUUUACAAGGUGUGAAUGAAUGGAAAAUAACUUUUGUGAAGAUUGGCUUAGCAUUAUCAUACCAUAGAAAUUGUUUUUUUAGUCUUUCCCUUUUUA